AUGGGAAAGGGAACCACGCCUAAAACGUCCCAAAUAGGCUCGGCUGCCGCCAGCCGAGUUACUCCUUCGUCCAUGAAGAUCUCUCACACAAAUAUAAAGAGUAAAGCGCAGACCCCGACCUCGUCCAUGACCAAAUCUUUGAACAGCACAGGUCAGCGCAUUAAGGGGAUGGUCAAGUCCCUCUUUGGCACUAAACCUCUCAUCCAGGAGGAUAUGGAGCCCUCAGGGUCUUCUUCGGAGAUGAUUCCCUUGCCAACCAAGCCUAUACCUGGCAAAUCCCAGAGUUCGCAGACAAGUCACACUCCUAGGAGAUCAACAAGGCAGUCCGAUGACAAGUCUUCCACGCGUGAGACUGGACCUGCGCCCGUGACCGCUAGUAGCCCCGAUGCACAGCAAGCAGAGACCCUCUUUCCUGCGGCGAUCGCCACGCUUGCCACCAUGGCCAACGCAGCACUCGCGCAGGCCCUCACGAACCCUCAGGCGUCUGCAGCCCUGACAUCAUCACUUAUUUCGUCUCAAGGUCUCUCUACACGGGACUUAGCACUAACGACCUCAAAUUUACAGCCGCCUCAACCUAGUAUCGAGUACCCAGCCUCCUUUGGGGCUAAUUACAAUUCCCUAAGCAAAUCUGUGACACAGCCACCUCCGUCUAUUAAUCAGCCAUCUCUGCAUCCAUCGGCCGCGCCUACAGAGCAAGAGUAUGUUAUUUUUCCUGCGUCAAUCAUAAACAUGUACAUGGCCAUGAGAAAUAAGGGAACAGAUGUGGCACAGAGCUCCGUACAGCACGUGAGACCAGCGAUGGCAAACUCUUUACCGGUACAGCAAGCUACAGAGUCUUUUGUGUCCACGAAGCGCACGGUCCACUUUGAGGCUCCAUCAAAGGAUACAGUUGGCCUCUCCAAUUCGACGGGGUCUAUAAUCCAAGGAAGCGCCCUUGAGAUAUCAGCAGGGGCUGCGGAGAAGGAGCCAGCUCCUAAGAAAGUCAUCAUACGUGAAGAUCCCAAGCCCGUGGAGCCUCCAAAGCAGGAUACUAGUGUCGCUGACGCAAAACCAGCUGUUCCCGAUCAACCCAAGAAUGAACCUUCGAAGCCGACUGGUACGUUUUUGUUUGGAAAGGCAGAUUUUAGUGUAACCAGUUCAGCUUCAACAGCUAAAGAUGGGCAACCGCCCUUAGCUGAUUCUGCUUCUACAUCCAACACUCAGAACAAGGCUGUUACUUAUUCAUUUAAAUUUGGAAGCACCUCUGAGGAUACGAAGAGCAAUACAUCCUCUAAUCCGCCGGGGCCUGAUUCCGAUUUGAAGAAGGAGGAGACUGCAACUGGAGAUAGCGCUGCAUUCAAAUUAUCGCAAACAGACAAUGUCCCGAAACCUCCAUCGAAAGGUUUUGUCUUUGGUGCCCCAGUAGCGCCUGCACAGCAACCACCGCCUCCUUCAACUCAGCUAACCACAAAGCAAGAGCAGCCUCCAGAGCAAAAGAAGGAUCACCCGGUCUUCUCAUUCGGGUCUAUGUCUGCAUCGACUACACAAGGGUUUGGAUUUAAACCCCCGGCAGAUGAGCCCAAAUCGACACCAGUCGCACCUACUGCAGGCUUCUCCUUCACUGCCCCCCAGACGGGCGCUAAACAGACAGGUGCGUUUUCCUUCCAGGUAUCUACCCCUCCUGUGCAAUUUGGAGCGACAGGAAGUAACGCCGCAUCAUCUACCCAGCCCGGUUUUAGUGGCUUUGGUGGGUUUGGCGGCGGCUCCUCUAGUCAGUCCGUCUUUGGUGCGGGCGUGUCUCCAUUUGGUACACAACCUUCAACGACCGACGGGGCCUCGGGACCUCAGGCAGGAUCCUUCGGCUCCUUCACCUUCUCUAAUCCGUCAAUCAAACCGCAGCUCUCUUAA